ACGUUUAAAUUCUGUAACGGUAAUUUCAAUAUGGCUGCGCCCAUAUCGACAAGUGAUAGUUGUAAAUAAUACAGAAUUUAUCGAUAUUCCACGAUUGUCAUAUUUGAUUCAACAAAAUGGCCGAUGGUGAUGGUGACGCCUGGAAUGAAAUUCAAGAGCUGAAGUCAAAGACAAGUAACUUGAGGGCUAAGUUGGCCGCAAGGAAAAAGGAGCGUGAAGGACUUGCUGCAGAAAUUUCAAAAACCACCGGCUCUUCUCCAGUUGCGUCGACUACAAAGGCAGCAUUAUCUGUCUCAGAUGAAUCUGCAAAAAGUGUUUCCCCAGGCCAUACUCCAAAAAUUGCUCUGAAACCUGAGCCCAUCAAACACAAUCCUGCAGUUGAGAAGAAGCUGCUAGUUGUAGUUGAGAAGAAGCUGCUAGUUGUACUCUCACAGCUGGGCGUGGAAACUUACUCCUCAGCGGAGGUCGCUAAGAAACUCGAUGAAGAUAUUAGCAUUGAUGUGGUUGAAAAUUUACUACAAAAAUUUGCUGCUCAACAAUUGAUAGUUGUUUCUGCAGAUCACAGUAAAAGUCAGACAUCAGGACGCCUGAUCAUUCAGUCAGUGGAUCUUCCAAAGUUGUCUGCAGUGACUGAUGGUGAGCUCAAUGAAAGGAAGAGGAAAGCAACAAAUGAUUCACCUGAGGAACAUUCCAAGCCUAAAAAGCAGGACACAAAAGUCAGUGUGGAAAGCCUGCUAUCAGCCCAGACUGCAAAGGAGAAGGAGAGCAAGAAGAUGACAGAGGAAAUUCUGCAGCUGCUCAGUGCCCCAACAUCCAAGGAGAAGAGCUUGAUGGAGAGGUUCAAGUCUCAGGGAGGGGCCCAGCUGCAGGAGUUUUGCCAGUUUGAGACUAAGGAGGGGUGUAAGGCAGGGCAGCCCAAUGUCACCUGCAAGAAACUGCACUUCAAGAAGAUCAUACACAAACAUACAGACGAGUCUCUGGGUGACUGCUCCUUCUUGAACACAUGCUUUCACAUGGAUACCUGCAAGUACGUCCACUACCAGGUGGACUAUCCUGAAGUCAAGGUCGCAAAAAGGGAGUUGAACCCCACAAAGAUGUUGGACACCGGAGAGCAAGUGAACAUGUUUCCUCCACAGUGGGUCCAGUGUGACAUCCGGUACCUGGACAUGGCGGUGCUGGGCAAGUGCGCGGUGAUCAUGGCUGACCCACCCUGGGACAUCCACAUGGAACUGCCAUACGGUACCAUGAGUGACGAUGAGAUGAGGAAGAUGCCAGUCCCUAAGAUGCAGGAUGAUGGAUACAUGUUCCUCUGGGUCACUGGCAGAGCUAUGGAGUUGGGAAGAGAAUGCCUUGAACAAUGGGGUUACAAGCGCAUUGAUGAGAUCAUAUGGGUGAAGACCAAUCAGCUGCAGCGUAUCAUCCGGACUGGGCGCACUGGGCACUGGUUCAACCACGGCAAGGAGCACUGUCUGGUUGGUGUUAAAGGAAAUCCAAAAGGAGUCAAUAAAGGAUUGGAUUGUGAUGUUAUCGUGGCAGAGGUGCGUGCUACUAGUCACAAGCCUGAUGAGAUAUACGGUAUCAUAGAACGCCUCUCUCCUGGCACAAGAAAGGUGGAGCUGUUUGGACGACCACAUAAUGUUCAGCCAAACUGGAUCACACUUGGCAACCAGCUUGAAGGCGUUCGAUUGGUUGAUCCAGAAAUUGUGACCAGAUUUAAGGAAAAAUACCCGGAUGGAAAUUGUAUGGGGCCCAGUAGUAACGAUGGGAGGUAGGGGACAGUACUGAGAUUAACUGUGGACCACAUUGGAUGACCUUGGAAUUAUACGCUUGUGAAGGUCAAUGUCAGAUGGUUUAGAUUGGACAAUAAAGAGCUUGGGCUGGUACUGCUCGGGCCAUGUGCAGUCGGUGGUGAUCAAUGGUUGGCGUUAUCAGGAUGUUCUUAUUGAAGCUCAUGUUUGUGUUUGCACCAUUCUGAAGUGCAUGACGUUGAUUGCCAUGUUUGUUGAACAAAUUUAUUGUACUUGUCCGCACAAUAAAUAAACAUCAACUGG